AUGUCUCUCUCAUGGUCUAAACGCAAAUCUCGCUUGGCAGCCUUGCUCAACAUAGACGAGGACGAAGAUGCUCAAGCUCUCGCUCUGGAUCGUAUUCUACACGGACAGAAUGUCAUAGGGAAGACAUCCAAGACGACCCAAAUCGAUUCGCUACGCUUCUCAGACGGCGAUCUGGACGUUGUGGGCACACUGGAGUACGGGCAGUACGGAGUUAUCGAUGUCGUGACCUGCAAACUUGAUGGCUGUGUAUAUGUCCGCAAGUCAACCGAAAAACGAUUCGCACUGAAGAUGCAUGAUGCAAGUGGCCGCCCGCAAUUUGAACGGGAUAUUCUCUUGGCAGCACGAAGGACAGAAUCUCGAUGGGCACCGCAUCUCCUUGCUGCGUUUCAGACAUCAACGCAUUUGAAUCUUGUCAUGAGCUACGCCGAGGGAGGAACACUUUGGGACGUCCUAGAAUCUAGUCCUCAUGACGGGCGAAUCCUUGAAUCGGAUCUAAGGUGGUGGGCACCACAGCUAGUCAGCGCGAUUGAAUGGUGCCACUCGCAGGGUUUCGCGCAUCGAGAUAUCAAACCUCACAACUUCGUCCUUACCCCCGGUGCCAAUGUCUUGUUAAUUGACUUUGGUUCUGCCGCACCUCUCCUUCCCCCAGCAUCUGACGGUAGUCAGGUGGUCCCGAAACAAUAUUGUCUCGUUCCGUGCGGGACUUGCGACUAUAUUUCUCCGGAGAUAUUACAGGCGCAUGAAGAGGCUUUAGUGGCUUUGGAGAUGGCUGACGAUGAUAAUCUGCCGCCACCCCGGGAUGGCGAAGGAGGGUAUGGCCGCGAGACGGAUUGGUGGAGUAUGGGUGCAAUGCUAUAUGAAAUGGUAUACGGCGUGGCUCCCUUUUUCGCUAAGGAUAUAAGACGGACCUAUAUCAAGAUUACCGACCAUCAUAACAACUUGCGAUUAUUGACUAGUGCAGAACUGCGGCUUGGCCGCACCAGUGCCCACGAGAUCAAGGAACACCCUUUCUUUGAUGGGACUGAUUGGUCGCGUCUACAUGAAACACAGAAGCCGGAUGAACUUCAUCUGCCCCAGUUUACGUAUUCUACACCGGUAGUGGCUACUGACGUGUCUCAAGCGAGCCUACUUUCUCCCCAGGACGCCUCCGAAUCUAGACCAUUCGCUUUUUCGGCCUUGUUUCAGUCAUCGCCUCCGUCUACGCAAGGCGCCUCUACGCACCUCUUGUCUCUAUCUAACAUGACUACUCGUUCCGCCAUUCAUGAGCUUCCAAUCGCUUCCUUCAUAGGCUUCUCGUGGGGACCAUCGCAAGAUGCAUUCAAGAAAGCAGCGUCCCAAACGUCACCUAUUCCUAUAGAUGUCAACACACCUCGACCCCUGCGCUGCUUCUCGGUGUCAACAACUCCAUUCCUGCAGCCGCCUACUAAACAAGCACAAGCCACACCAAUUAUUCAGCGAUACCCCUUCGCGACGCCGGUCCGUCCGAACUUAGCGACCCCCUAUCAGACUCUUCCCCGUGCCAGUACUAUCCGCCGCACCGCUCCCCGACGUGCGGUGUCAGAUCGUGAGGCUUUGAAGCAGCUCGUCGACUGCGUGGGGAUGAGCGCACGCAAAAAGGUGCUCGAGAGCGGUCGAAAGCCUCGCAUCCUCACGUCUUUUAGCCGCUCGUCCACGCUCAAAGAGCUCAGAUUUGACACCUCCGUGGCCGUCGUGGGCGCGACCGGCGGAGUCUCGUUCAAGGCCGAAUCCGCCACCAUUACCACACAGUCGGAAGACACGUUUGGCACGUCGUCUGUAUUGUCCGGCAUGGCCUCGAUGUCUGCGGGCGCGGCGUCGGCCACGCAGGAGAUUCUCGUUCCGGACCUAAGCUUCUCGGACGUGGACUCAGAUAUCCCGUAUAGCCCCAGUCCCAGCCCUCGGCCCGGGUCUGCAAUGUCGAUUUUGUCACGGAGGAGCCAGACACCGACGACUACGAGCUUCAAUCUCUUUCGAGCGGGCAUGGUCAGCCAGCGCAGUGCGGACGGGUUCAAGAGGCCUACGCCCACCGCUGAGAUGGCCCACUUCCCCUCUAGAGAGAUUACACGGAUAAACCCAAAAGACGCGGAGGCGGGGGAGCAUACAUCAUAUGUUUCGUAUGAUUUGUUUGACGAUUUCGAGAAACGAUAUACCGUAUUAUUGGAAGAUAUUUCGGGAUUAGAGUUGCGUUUGGCAAGGAUAUCGACCUCGUUCAGGAACUCAUCAUAA